AUCAGCUUCAUUAUCAACAACAACCAGUGUCUGUCCUUGUGAUGAUGGCAGCAUCACAAAGCAAUGAAUACUGGCCAAUACACCUUGCCAGGAGUGAUGGCCAGGGCUACGUCAAUCUGGACGACGAACCGCUUAACCCAGAUGACCAGAACGAUGUAGCUACGCGUGAGCGGUGGGAGAUCACCGUCGCGGAACAACUCAUGGAGCAACUGAAGCCCGAUGACAGUAAGCAGAAGUACAAGCUCGUUUUUCCCAAGGGCUACGAGCUGCGAUACGUUGGGAGAAAAGACGAGAAACGGGACUAUUAUAUGCACGGCCAUCCCUCGGGCCCCAAGGCAACGUAUCGCUCUCCCAAAGACUUUGCCCUGCAUUGCAUUUGGCUGGCCAGCGCUUCCACAGACAACGAGGGGUGCCUGUGUCAAUAUUGCCCUAAGUAUGCAAAGAAGAUGGGGAGCGAGGUUCAAGCUACGCAACCCACGACCGCGACCUCCUCUGCCAGCACAACUUCGGCAAAGCAAGCGCCCGCCACCGCGCCAAAGCCGGCGCCGCCCCAACAGCCUGCCCAGCAGCAGCAAGCUUCACCUCGCGGCAUCACCAAUCUCACCAACGUAUUCCGCGUGGGAGAACUGGUCUGGUACAAGCACACGGCCUGGCGGCUAGGCGUAAUCUUGGCCAUCAUGCCAAAGCCUGGCUCGGCUGUACGCGCCGGUGCACCCGAUUCCAGCUACCAUUUCACCCUCGCUCCGCUUGGACACGCCCUUUUGGACCAGAACACUCUAGUCAAGGACUGCCAGUCCAUGCGGCCCUUCCUCACCUUUAGUGUACCCGGCGCGGGCCUCGACGAGCUGAAGGACAAGACUUUCGACAGUGUUAACUGGCAGGCCCUAACGGCCCGCUAUUCGCAAGAGACGGACCCGAACCAGCGCGACGUGAACCGCCAAGUACUUGGCCUGGAAGCUUCAAAGAUGGGCGCGCGUGCAAUCAACGACGCCUUCUCGACCUUCGACCUUCUUGCCCAGGGCUCCACGCCAGACGGUGCCCUCCAGGUGCAGCAUUACGGUGGUGUCUACCUCGGCGCCGAGAUGAUCCGCGUCGGCGACGCCAUCCGGGUCGCCAACCCGGCCCAGGAACUGUCGGCAUCAGACCAAACCGCAAUGGCCGUACCGCUCGACGCCAAUCUCGUGAUGCACGUCACCGAGAUCCAAGUCAUCACGCCCACUACUGCCACGAACAUCGCGCCGGGCGGCGAUGCGCACGCCACCCUCCGAUUCAAAGGCAACCUCUACCGCACCGUCCGCUAUUUCCUGGCGCAGGGCCCUCCUCAAAACUCGGUCCCCGCCGAGCAGCUCGGCCCAGCCUUCGUCGAAGAGCUGACCACACGUAGCACAAUCGAGAUGGACAGGACGGUGCGCUGGACUUGGGUGCUCGUCGCCGCGCAGGUGGUCCGCGUCGAGCAGGACGUGCAGGGCCGCUUCUACGUCACCGAGAAGCUCAUGAGCGUCAUCGAUCCCGCCCGGUUUCAGACCUGGGUGCAGAGGGGCUUGUUGGAGGAGGCACCCGCAUAUCUGAACAACAGGAGCCACAGCGGCGGCGGGGCGUAUGCGGGACGGAAGCCCGGUCGUAAGGCCAUGCUUGGGGACGCGGUCAAUGUUGAGUUCCGCGUGCCGAUGGGGAUGAUUGAGAAUUAG